AUGAAUGGAGCUGUGGAGGCCGCAAACAAGAAUUUGAAGAAGAUCAUCCGCAAGAUGACUGAAAAGCAUCGUGACUGGCAUGAAAAACUCCCUUAUGCACUAAUGGCGUACCGGACUUCUAUCCGAACAUCAACUGGGGCAACGCCCUACUCUCUCAUGUAUGGAAUGGAAGCAGUGCUGCCUGCCGAGGUCGAAAUCCCUUCAUUGCGUAUUCUAAUGGAGACCAAGUUGGAAGAGGCUGAUUGGAUAAAACAGCGUCAUGAACAACUAUCUUUGAUUGAUGAAAAACGGCUUAAUGCCAUUUGUCACGGCCAAUGUUACCAAAAGCGCAUGGCCCGGGCCUACAACAAGAAGGUCUAUUUGCGUACAUUUGAGGAAGGCGACAAAGUACUGAAGCGGAUUUUGCCAAUGCAAGAUGAGGCCAAAGGCAAAUUUGCUCCGAAUUGGCAAGGGCCAUUCAUUGUUCAAAAAAAAGCUUCAUCAGCUGCCGAAGUUCUUUGGUUGUUGCAGAAGCAUGUUUUCCUUCGUAAUUUGCAUGCUUUGCAUGAAAAAGUGUUUCAAUAA